CUCUACAUUCCCCUCCAAAAACAAAAAGACUCAGACACUUUCUGGAUUUUCCUUCUUCUUCUUCUUCUUCUUUUCUUUUCUUCUUCUUCUUCUUCUUCUUCUUCAAAGUCAACUUUAUUGUCAAUCUUCCAGUUUUGUGUUCUUCUCCUUCUUCUUCUUCGGUGGUGUUUUAGAUUUUUUCUGUGUGAUCAUGGAGCUGUCGGAUAUCUCUUUCCCCAUCCCUGCCGCAGAUGAUUUCUACGACGACCCGUGCUUCAACACCACUGACAUGCACUUCUUCGAGGACCUGGACCCGCGCCUGGUGCACGCGGGCCUCCUGAAGCCAGACUCUUCUUCCUCGUGCCCCUCUCCCUCACCGUCAUCCUCCUCCUCUUCCUCCUCCCUGCACCACCACCACCAGGAUGAGCACGUGCGGGCCCCCAGCGGACACCACCACGCGGGCCGCUGCCUCCUCUGGGCAUGCAAAGCGUGCAAGAGGAAAACCACGGGUGCGGACAGGAGGAAGGCGGCCACCAUGCGCGAGAGGCGGCGGUUGGGGAAGGUGAAUGACGCGUUUGAGAACCUGAAGAGAUGCACAUCUGCCAAUCCGAACCAGAGGCUGCCCAAAGUGGAGAUCCUGCGCAACGCCAUCAGCUACAUCGAGUCUCUCCAGGCGCUGCUGCGCGGAGCAGGGGGGGGCGGGCCGGAGGAGAGCUUCUACCCGGGGAUGGAGCACUACAGCGGGGACUCAGACGCCUCCAGCCCCCGGUCCAACUGUUCUGACGGCAUGACGGAUUUCACCGGACCCAGCUGUCAGAAAAACAGAAGAGGAAAUUAUGAAAGCUCGUAUUUCUCCGAGAAACAAAACGGUUCUCUGAAGAAUCGAAUCUCUGUUGUCUCCAGCCUCGACUGCCUGUCUAGCAUUGUGGAGCGGAUCUCAACCGACACCCCCUCUGCCCCCGAACCAGAGCAGAACCAGACCCAGAACCAGACCCAGACCCAGACCCAGAACCAGAACCAGAACCCAAUCCAGAACCCCAUCCAUACCCCCAUCCAGACCCCCAUCCAGGACCCAAACCUCAUCUACCAAGUCCUAUAAACCCCCACUAUCUCUACCUUUUAAUUUAGUUGAACUGAACUGAGUUCCACCUGUUUGCACCAGAUUCCUUCCAAAAAACCAAAAAUAUGGAAGCUCAUUUGUGCCAAGAAAAAAAAGAGAAAUCUGGGAAAAUCAUUUUUGAGUUCAUAAAAAACAACUUAAAGCCCAUUUACGUAUUUACCUAAAAGUAUUUGUCGCUAUUGGUGGAGUGUGUUAUUUUAUAUCAGACUAUCUCUACCUUUUAAUUUCAUUUAACUGAACUGAGUUUCACGACCUGCAUCAGAUUCCUUCCAAAAAAAACUAAAUGUAUGGAAGCUCAUUCGUGCCAAUCCUUUUUAGUUUCUAAAGAACAACUUAAGGCCCAUUUACUUAUUGCUAAAGUAUUUGUCGCUAUUGGUGGAGUUUCUUAUUUUAUAUCAGAUUUUAUAGAUUUUAUAAUUACCGAGCAAACUCCACGUGCAGAAGACGAUUUUGCAAAGAAAAUAUUUGUAGUAUUUUUAAGUCUUAAUCAAACAGCUUUUAAAUAAGUAUUACAAAUAUUAGUUACAACAAAAAAACAUUGAUAAUUAUUUCAAGAUAAAGCUGUGUAAUCUAAUUUUGAUUCAUAUUUUGAACAUUUUAAGAAUAUAUUUUUGUGACCUGACAUUUUGAAAGAGGAUUCAAAGUGGAUUUUCUCAUUCCCAAGUUUCCAUACGCCAUAUUUAUUUUCCUGGCAUUAAUUAUCUUCCAUAUUUAACUAUAUUUAACCCCUGAAAUUCUCUUUCCUGCUGUAAAAAAAAAAUGCAUUUUAGAUGUAAAAACCACUAUGAAUGCUGGGAAAUGUCGUUUUUAAAGACAGGUUUAGUGAUGAAUACAACUCUGUUCAUUCAUUGCAGUAUUUCAAUUUUAUUUUAAGUUAUGAGAAGUUAUUUUAAAGGCUGAUUUAGAGUCAGUCGUCCAGAUGGAUUUUUUUUUCUUCCUCUCUGUGCAAAAAGUCUAUUUGAUGAAGGACGGAGGCCAAACAAAAAAAACAUCCAUUUACAUUCCUCCACUUUCGUCCAUCUGAAGUCGUAAAAAAAGCCCCAGCUGUUUGAAUCCCUCGGGAGGAAAAGCAACUGCAAUAACAUCCAGUGAUAUUUUAAAGAUAUGCCAUGCAAAACUGCAGAUUUCUGUAGAAAAACUGCAGUAAGUAACAACAACAAAGUGUGGGAGUCUGUCUGCUUCCUGUUCAAUUUAAAAACAUUUAUUAUUAUUUGAUGUUUUCACUCACUGCAGCGGAGGACCACUUUUCUGUUUCUGUACAUACGAUGUAAAUAAGAGCUGAUUUGUUCCAAUGAAAGUGUUAAUUAUGUAUUUAAUGUUUCCGUCUGUACGUGCUUUUGUUUGUUUGUUGUGAAAAUGUUAAACUUUAUAUUUAUACAUCUGAAAACUGAGUGACAGUCUUAUGACUAAUAAAUGAAAAUGAAUAUUUAUACAA